AUGCACAGAACUUAUUCUUUGAGAAGUCAAAAGGCUCCUACCGCCGCUCAAUUGCAAUCCCCACCUCCUCCUCCCUCGACUACUAAGUCAAGAUUUUUCGGAAAGGGAGGAAUUGCUUCCUCGUUCAGAAAGACGGUUGCUGGUAACACCGGUCCGGAAUUGUCGAGAAAAUUGAGUCAAUACGUCAAGAUGGAAAAGAAUGUGAUGAGAGCCAUUGAAUUGACUGCCAGAGAACGUCGUGACGUUGCCAAGCAAUUGAGUGCUUGGGGUGAAGAAAACGACGAGGAUGUCUCCGACGUUACCGAUAAAUUGGGAGUUUUAAUUUACGAGAUUGGUGAGUUGGAAGACCAAUACAUUGACAAGUACGACCAGUACCGUAUAACCUUGAAGACCAUUCGUAACAUUGAGUCUUCUGUUCAACCAUCCAGAGACAGAAAGCAAAAAAUCACCGACGAAAUUGCUCACCUCAAAUACAAAGACCCUCAAUCGCCAAAAAUUCCAGUUUUGGAACAAGAAUUGGUUAGAGCCGAGGCUGAGUCUUUGGUUGCUGAGGCACAAUUGUCCAACAUUACCAGACAACAAUUGAAGGCUGCUUUCAACUACCAAUUCGACGCUACCAGAGAAUUGGCCGAAAAGUACGCUUUGGUUGCUGGUUACGGUAAGGCCUUGUUGGAGUUAUUGGAUGAGUCUGCUGUGACUCCAGGAGAGACCAGACCAACUUACGAUGGCUACGAAGCUUCCAAGCAAAUUAUCAUUGACGCUGAGAACGCCUUGGCCUCAUGGACUUUGGACUCUGCUGCUGUCAAGCCAACCUUGUCCUUGCACCAAUCUGAGUACGAGGAGCCUGCUGAGGAUGAUCUUGCCAAUGCUGAGGAGGAAUUCGCCAAGCAUGACGAGGUUGCUGAAAAGUAA